AUGAAAAUAGUAUUAGAAUUUGAAGAACUUAGACAAAAAGUCCAUUCCGAAGGCCUUUUAAUUCCAAAACCUUUAUUUUAUGUCAGAAAAAUAUUUGAAGUUUUUUCUCUAUUAUUAUUCGCUUUUUGGUUACAAUAUAAAACUUUUUAUAUUUUUUCUGCCUUAAUACUUGGACUUACUUGGCAACAAAUGGGAUGGCUUUGUCACGAAUGUUGUCAUCAUCAACCGACCAAAAAUCGUCGUAUUAAUGACUUUUUAUCUUUAUUUUUGGGUAAUUUUUCACAAGGAUUCUCAAGGGAUUGGUGGAAGGAUAAGCAUAAUUUACACCACGCAACAACAAAUAUCAUUUCCAGAGAUGGAGAUAUUGACUUAGCUCCAUUAUUAGCUUUGGUAAAUUUUUUAAAGCAAUUUUUUGGAAAAUAUUACUAUUUUAUUGAUGUUCCUAAACUUCCAAUCUUGAGAUGGUGA